CCUUAACCUAGGUAUGUACCUAAGGUACCUACCUACAUAAUAUUCAAUGUUAUGUACCACCACAAUACCUUAAUGCUCAUUGGGUUCGGCUUCCGAUAAUUCGAUACUUACACCGUGGUUGCCGUGAUAUAACUAAGCUUAUAUGCUCACAGGUACUCUCCACCUGCCUUCUUUAUUCACUCAGUUUCAAGAUAAGGUUUCCUUACAUUGGAGUUGCCUUCUUCCGCUUAACUUGGGAUGGGUUAUUUAUAAUAACUGACCCUUGCCAACUUCUUUUCAUUAAAACUUCCCCUCGGACAUCACGAUAUAGGCCAUCUUUCGAACCAAAUCCAACAAAGAUGUGGUUUAAUCUUGUUGUAAGCGUAGUAGCAGUGCUGCUUUUCACCGUUGGCGGCUUUGCUGACCCUUGUCGCGGUGUCCCGCCUGCUCGGUAUCCGUUCAAGCUGGCCGAAGGCUGGAUAGGCAAGAAAGUGGGAGAUGGACUAUCUUCGCCUCGUGGUAUGGUUAUUGAUAGUGCGGAUCGACUUCUAAUUGUGGAAAAAGGGGUCGGGAUCAGCCAACACAAGCUCGAUAUCGACGGGUGCAUUUAUUCCUCGCGUAUUCUUAUUCCUAUGCCCGACCUGAACCACGGAAUUUAUCUUGGAAUAGAUGGCAAUACACUAUAUGCCAGUUCAACCACAAAGGUUUUCAGAUGGCCAUACAAAUCCAAAACUGGCGAUAUAGAUGGAGAGCCAACUAUUGUGAUUUCAGGCAUGUCGCCCAACAACCACGUCACAAGAACAUUGAUCAUCCCACCCCAUCAACCAGACCUUCUAGUCGUUUCUCACGGUUCCACGGGCAACGUCGACUAUGCUGCUGUCGACCCGGGAAUAGCAAGGGCUACUGUCAAAGUCUUUAAUAUCUCGGCCCCGCCAACCGGUGGUUACAACUACGUCAAAGAUGGCUGGCGUGCUGGAUAUGGCUUGCGAAACGAAGUAGGAUUGGUAUUCGACGGCAAUAAUAUGCUCUGGGGCGUAGAGAAUAGCGCCGAUCAACUCACACGCGACAUCAACGGAACAUCGAUAGAUAUUCACAACGACAAUCCAGCCGAGGAACUCAACUUCCUUGGCGAUGUUACGACUCCUAAUGAUAAUUGGUAUGGGUACCCGACGUGUUUUACGGUGUGGCAACCCGAGGCGGUCAUCGCCAACGCUACUAGCGGGAACCAACUAGACGUCGGUCAGCAGUUCGUUCUGGCGCCGAACCAGACGUUCGACGACAACACAUGUGCGCGAAUGUCAACAUCACCGCGGCUUACCUUCGAGGCUCACACCGCACCGCUCGAUGCUAAAUUUGACGCACCUAAGUACACCAAUCUGUUCGUCACGUUGCAUGGCAGUUGGAAUCGCAAUCCUCCAGCUGGGUAUAAGCUUGUUGCGGUACCAUUCCAACGUGAUGCUGCCAAUGGUGGAGCUUACGCUCCUGUCGCACCAGCUAAUUGCAAGACCGGGUAUGUAGAUAUCUUCUACCCGCCCGACGAAGGAAAUUGCUCGUCAUCAAGCUGCGCGCGACCUGUUGGACUAGUUUUCGACGGGGCUGGACAGUUAUACAUGUCAAGCGAUACAUCCGGCGAGGUGUUCAAGCUAUACAACCCUUGAAGAGGAUAUUUUAAGGGACAAGGAAAGAUUCCGGGAAGAGGAAGAAAACUACCUAAUAUAUUGCUGGGGACUGAACGGUGUUUAGGUACUUAACAAAGGUAUUUGCGGUGUCUUAUGAAGAGGUCAAGAGCCUAGGGCUUGACAGAUAAAAACUACACCCUCAUCAGGGAUCAAUUGCCUGGUCGGAGUUAUAGGGAUUUGCGCGCAUGAAUUUCUAAAAUACUCGUAUAGUAGAAGAAAAAAAUCGGUUGCGUUUAUUAUUC